AUGCUUCUAUCCCAGAUAAAAAUCAAGCCUUUGGUUCCACGAAGGUUGAAACGACUUUGCAUUGACAUCAACAACUUAUACCAAAAGAAUCCUCAGCAUAAUCUCAUCAAAGACAUCGUGGAAUGCAAACGAGAUCCCCAGCAUCGUGCGACCGAUAGCCUUCAGCGAUGGCUUCUUCACACAAACUUCACCCACCCCACAGUACGCCAUUUGCUAUAUACAAGUGCUCAUCAACUUGUGCUUAGUGGUGAGGUCGAAUAUGUUCGAGAACUCUUCGCUGAUAAGCUUUCGCCGCAAACCCUGCCUCAUGAUACCAGCGUGAUACUCGCGAUGAAUGCUGGGGACGUAUUACUAGCGGCCCUGUUUGCGAUUGAAUUGAAAUUGAAAGACAUUUCGGUAUCGCCCGAUGUCAUCAAUACACUAUUACGAGUGAUUCUGGUCGCAAUAAGAGCUGAUGAACUUGCUGUGGCACAUGCUUUUGCGAUCAUGCGGAUAAUAGACGUUUACGGUCCUCCAAACGACGUAUUGGCCAACACUUUAUGUCAGAAAUUGGCGGCAUCGAAACCCACCGUUUUCUUUGCCAACGCUUUGGCCAUAAGAUACCCCACUUUAUCUGACCGGACCCUUCAAGCAUUGAUUAAGGCUAACAUCGAGUUAGGAGAUCAUACCAGUGCUAUGCGCUGGAUAAAGAUAAACACCACAAACAUAUCUGUGGAUAUAGCAUUGGAUUUCUUGCGUGAGUUCCCCCGAUAUACUGACUCCAUAGUGGACUUGUGCGACGCAAAAACCCUCAAACAUCCAGACAUGCAACUGUUCCUUUUGGAGCAUUAUGCUAAAACCGAUCAACCGGGAAAAUACCGCAGGGUGGUGAACACACUUGAAGCUCCGCUUCCCCGUGGAGUUCUUGGAGCUCUCUUUCGAGCCCUGUUAAAGCAGAAUGAUGAAAAAGUGGCGGAUCAAUGUCUCCAAGCAAUCUUUGCCAACGACAAACUGAUAAACGCUCGAGAGGUGGGUGCUAUAGUGGCUAAGUUGUUACUACAAGAUCAUCGGGUUGAAGCAGCAUCCGUCUUGGAGCAGUAUCCUGAAAUUGGGCGUUCCAAAUGGGGUUGGGCUCGCCUUGCCGAAUAUAUGGCUGAUGAACCCGGCUCCAGUAUAUUUCACCAAGCAACCACGGUACUUCGACAACUACCUGACAACGACCCGGCGCGGGUUUUGUUCACCGAGCUGAUGAUACAACGCUUUAUAAAACGUGAUCCCAAGACGGCGAUGGCAGCGUAUGAGGCCAUUGUUAACUACCUAGAUUUUCCCAGCAAAUGGCAGGCAGGCAUUGUGGUGUUUGAGUUUGAGAAAUACGGGUUCUCUUCCAGCAUAGUACGAGCGAUGUCGCUUCCGCCGGCGACACGGCGUAAAGUGGUCGACGAGAUCGCCGAGAUUAGUGCUCAGCAUAACACCAGCUCUAAUCCCGGGUGGAGACAAUGGGUCCGGGUCCAGAACCUGCUUCUAGGCAUGAUUACCGCAUAA